AUGGAUCCAGUCUCUUCAAGGACAGCAAAAAGGUAUAUUAGAGCUGUCAGUAGCAAGAUUAAAGAGAUGCAAGGGUUCUUUGGUCUCUAUGCAACUGGCAAACUGGACACUCAAACAGUGGCAAUGAUGAAAAAAUCUCGAUGUGGGGCCUCUGAUGUGAAGAAACAUGAGUUCUAUAUAAAGAAGCCCAAAUGGAAAGGAAAUACAGUAACAUACCGGAUACGGAAUUACACCAACAAACUGAAGCGUGAGGAGGUGGAACAAGUAGUUGAAAUGUCACUAAAGGUUUGGAGUGAUGUCACACCACUAAAUUUUGUGAGAAAACACAGUGGAGAUGCAGAUAUCAUGAUUACAUUUGCUUCUAAAGAGCAUGGAGACUUUUUCCCUUUUGAUGGGCCUCGCGGUAUCCUGGGCCAUGCAUAUGGACCUGAGGAAGAAGCAAUAGGAGGCGAUGUACAUUUAGAUGAAGAUGAAUUCUGGACAACUGGAUGUGUCAAAAAAGGAUAUGACCUGUUCAGUGUUUUGGCUCAUGAAUUUGGCCAUUCUCUUGGAUUGGGACAUUCCAAAGAUCCAAAUGCACUUAUGUAUCCAAAAUAUAAAUUUUUUGAGUCAAAAGGAUUCCAACUUUCACAUGAUGAUCGGACAGCAAUCCAGUCAUUGUAUGGUGCUGAAAGUAAAAAUUCACUUGGGAGAAGCGUUCCAGAGAAAUGUGACAGCUCCCUAACUUUUGAUGCAGUGACUAGUAUGGGAAAUGGCUUGCUUUUCAUCAAGGAUGGGUAUAUGUGGCUCAGAAAGUACUGGGUAGCAGGCAACGUGGAAGGAUUCCAUCAGAAUUACUUCCCAAAAUUCCAAACAAAAAUCGAUGCUGCUUAUGAAAUUCCAGACAGAAAGACAGUUUGUCUUUUCACAGCUUCGAAAUACUGGAUAAUGAAUACUUUGACCAUGGAAAUAUCAGUGCAUUCUAUCUAUGAUCUCGGAUUCUUUAUCCCUGUCACUCACAUUGAUGCUGCAGUUUACAUAAAAAGGAAGAAGGCGACUUUCUUCUUUGUUGGAGAUGAAUUUUGGAGUUUUGAUGAAGGUCUCAAAAUGAUGGAACCAGGAUACCCUAAAACAAUUCAAGAUGGCUUCCCUGGAAUCAAUGGUACAGUAAAUGCCGCCUUUGAAUGGGCAGGUUUCAUGUACAUCUUUGUUGACUCUGAUGUAUAUGCAUAUCACUUAGAAGAGAAAAAGAUCCUGUUUUCCAUAAAGGCAAAUGUGUGGUUCAGAUGUUAGUCCUCAAAGACUAUGCUCUCAUAAACAUCAAAGGGGAGCAUCAACUUAUGGUGGCUGAAAUGGACUAUUCAGUCUUUGUUUGUGUGACCACACCUUUACAUUGGUAUAUAUUUGUGCUGUCUUUCAUGGUAUACUUGUAGGCACAUUUGAAAGGUUUUAGCGCCUAUACAUGAAGCUGACAGAAUUAUAUAUGCAACGCAUAUUUGGCAAAAUGGGAUUCUGCAUGAAAAUUAUCUUAUUUGCAUAUAAUCUACUGGUCCAAUAAUCAGACAUUAGAAAUUCUAGCAUGCCUGCUUUUACCUUAUUAUGGCGGACAAACAUCUCCCAAUGUGCAAGUCAAACCCAAUAAUCUUAAGUGUAGACUAUAAACUUAGAGUAAAUGGGAAAGAAUCAGUAAAACCAGGAGUUCAGCUUUUGGAUUAUUCCACAGUACUACAUAGGCAGCUUUUUCUACACAGUAGUGUGGAUGUUUAAGAAAAAGCCUAACCUGUGACUGUAACUGCCUCCCACAUAGUAAUAUGAAAAACUUAGCCACCGGCAACUACUUUUUUACAACAUGCCAGUCUAUGUGGUAUUGGGAGAGAAAUUAUAUGUUUCCAGUUUAAAGUAGUGUAUUAUGCACACUUAAUGUGUAUGUGCAUAUUCCGGAAGGUUUCAAGACUCCCACCCACAAACACAUAUGCUUGGUAUUAAAACCUGGUCCACAAAUAACGUUUGG